CACCAAGAUGGCACCGAAAAGGCAGCAUGUUUUGAAAAGGACCAAAAAGGGUGCUUGCUGGAAGUUCACCCUGGACUGCACUCACCCUGUGGAGGAUGGGAUUCUUGAUUCUGCCAAUUUUGAAUCAUUUCUGAAAGAGAAGGUGAAGGUUAAUGGCAAAACAGGAAACCUGGGAAAUAUAGUGCAAAUUGUGCGUCAGAAGAACAAAAUCAACGUCACUUCAGAGAAGCAGUUCUCUAAAAGGUAUCUCAAGUACCUCACUAAGAAAUACUUGAAAAAGAACAACCUACGAGACUGGCUGAGGGUGGUGGCAUCAGAUAAGGAAAGCUACGAGCUGCGCUACUUCCAGAUCAGUCAAGAUGAUGAAGAAUCUGAUGCUGAUGAAUGAAGACUCAGUCUUGAAAUGUUUAAUGGGUGUGUCAGUGUCCUGUAAAAGCUGUCUCAUCUUCAAAUGCAGGACUUGAUAUCUACUUGUUAAUAAAAAAACAAACUGAAA